AUGCAGCCACCUCUUCUCUUUGCUUCAAACAGCAGGGUCUUUUUUUCCGGGUUAGACUGAGGUCGCUGCACUUCCAGCUGGCUCUUUCGUUUGGGUUGCAGGGAGGCCUUGGCAGGGAGAAUCCGCGCCUCUUUUUGCAUCUUCAGUUUCCAACCAACACCCUCUGCUGCAUCCUUCCUCUCUGACUGCUCUGGAGCAAUUGAGCAUCCAGAGCCACUCCGGCAGCGAGAAGCUCGGCAGCAAAGGAUUGGAGGGGGAGGGUCGGCAACCUCUCCCCUCUCCUGUUUUUGUGUGCUCACAUCUGCCUUCCUUUCAACAGAUUUACUUUUAUUUUACAGGUUAUAGAGUUCCCUCACAGAAUGGCUUCCCAGAAGUUUCCAUUUUCACAGAAACAGGUGGAAGAAUCUGGCUAUUUUGGCACAACGGAUCUCUUUGGAACCUGGACUACAAUGGGCUGGAUGCCCUCCAUGUUUUCUUCAGUCUCCAGGAAAGCUCCAGAAUCCUGUUGCUCCCUCAAAGAAGAUCCGAUUGACACCCACCCUGAGGUCAUCACCACUCUGCCCAAAGACACUGAAGAAAGCAACCGGAAGAGGUUUCGCUUGGGAACCGUUCCUUUGGCAGAAACUCCCCGGCAGACACUGACCCGGCUGGAUGAGGCAGCCCGGGGGUGGCUACGACCAAGAGAUCGCACCAAGGGACAAAUUAUGGAUAUGAUCAUCCUGGAGCAGUUUCUGCAAGUUCUGCCGUGGGGAAUGCAGACCUGGGUGAGAGCCAAAGAACCAAAGAGCAGUGAGGAGGCAGCUCAGCUGGCUGAGGCCUAUCUGGAGCAGCAGUGGCAUGUGGCAGAGACCUGGGCUCAGCCCAGAUGGGCCUAG